AUUUAACAUUGCUUAGUAUUAUUAGCAGUUUCAUGCAAUGUAUGCAUUUGAAACUUUAUCAUAUUAUAGGCAAAAUUAGUAUUGUACUUGUUAGUCAUUCCUGCUGGUUCAUUGCCAUCAUUCUGGCUCUGGCUGUCCCUUGCACUCACUGCUGUUUCUACGUCUUGCAUACUGCUUUGCGCUUCUGUUAUUUUACCACGUAUUUUGUCUUGUGCUUGUCUUCCAGUUCGCCGCUGCCACUUUAGCCUGAGCUCUAUCUACACCAAGGAUGCCACCACAGAACAAGUUCUGCAUUUUUUAAGAUUUUA